GUGUGUGUGUGUGUGUGUGUCUGUGUGUGUGUGUCAGAAGCUUUUUACUUUAACUUCCUCCCGUGUUGUGAUGCAGAUAUGUUUCCUCCAGGUUAAACUUUUGAGACAAAAGAUGGAGACGCCUCAAGAAGUCAUCUUGGGAAUUUUAGAAAAUUUGGGAAACGACGAUUUUGAAAAAUUGAAGUGGUACCUGCAGGGAGUCCUAAAAGACUUCCCAGCAAUCCCAAAGAGUAAACUGGAGAAUGUAAACAGGGUGAACACAGUGGAUAUGAUGUUCCAGACCUACAGUAUAAACACUAUUAAAGUGACCAGAAUAGUUUUAGUGAAGAUCAAUCAAAAUGAUCUAGUGGAGAAUUUAUCAAACAUCAUCUCAGAACCUGCAGAGAUUCUUACUGCGUGCCAGCGAAAAGUCAAAUCCAACUUACAUAAGACGUUCCAGUGUAUGUUUGAGGGAAUUGCUAAAGCAGGAAACCCAACCCUUCUGAAUCAGAUGUUCACAGAGAUCUACAUCACAGGGGGAGGGACUGCAGGGGUCAAUGAUGAACAUGAGGUCAGACAGAUUGAAACAGCAUCCUGGAAACAAGACAGACCAGAAACAACAAUCACAUGUGAAGACAUCUUUAAAAUCCCACCUGGAAGAGAAGAACCAAUCAGAACAGUGAUGACAAAGGGAGUGGCUGGCAUCGGGAAAACGGUCUUAACACAGAAGUUCACUCUGGACUGGGCUGAAGGCAAAGCCAACCAAGACAUCCAGUUCACAUUUCCAUUCACCUUUAGAGAGCUGAAUAUGCUGAAAGAGAAAAAGUGCAGCUUGGUGGAACUUGUUCAUCACUUCUUCAGUGAAAUCAAAAAAGCAGGAAUCUGCAGGUUUGAAGACUUCCCGGUUGUGUUCAUCUUUGACGGUCUGGAUGAGUGUCGACUUCCUCUGGACUUCCACAACACUGAGAUCCUGACUGAUGUUACAGAGGCCACCUCAGUUGAUGUGUUGCUGACAAACCUCAUUAGGGGGAAAUUGCUUCCCUCUGCUCACCUCUGGAUAACCACAAGACCUGCAGCAGCUGAUCAGAUCCCUCCUGAGUGUGUUGACAUGGUGACAGAGGUCAGAGGGUUCACUGACCCACAGAAGGAGGAGUACUUCAGGAAGAGAUUCACCGAUGAGGAGCAGGCCUACAUAAUCAUCUCCCAUAUCAAGACAUCACGAAGCCUCCACAUCAUGUGCCACAUCCCAAUCUUCUGCUGGAUCACUGCUGCGGUUCUAAAGAAGGUGUUAAAGACCAUAGAGGGAGGAGAACUGCCCAAAACUCUGACUGAGGUGUAUAUCCACUUCCUGGUGGUUCAGUCCAAACGAAAGAACGUGAAGUUUCAUGAAAAACCCGAAACAGAUCCACCCUGGAGUCCAGACACCAGGAAGAUGAUUGAGUCUCUGGCAAAACUGGCUUUUGAGCAGCUGCAGAAAGGCAACCUGAUCUUCUAUGAAUCAGACCUGAGAGAGUGUGGCAUCGAUAUCAGAGCAGCCUCAGUGUACUCAGGAGUGUUCACAGAGAUCUUUAAAGAGGAGAGUGGAAUGUACCAGGACAAGGUGUUCAGCUUCAUCCAUCUGAGUGUUCAGGAGUUUCUGGCUGCUCUUCAUGUCCAUCUGACAUUCACCAACUCUGGAGUCAACCUGCUGUCAGAAGAACAAACACCAUCAUGGCUGCCUAAAGUCUUCAGAGAAAAACCUAAACUAACACAGUUCUACCAGAGUGCUGUGGACAAGGCCUUACAGAGUGCGAAUGGACACCUUGACUUGUUCCUCCGCUUCCUCCUGGGUCUUUCUUUAGAGUCCAAUCAGAAUCUUCUACGAGGCCUGUUGACACAGACAGGAAGUAGCUCACAGACAAACAAGAAAACAGUCAAGUACAUCAAGAAGAAGAUGAAUGGGGAUAUGUCUGCUGAGAGAAGCAUCAAUCUGUUCCACUGUCUGAAUGAACUGAAUGAUUGUUCUCUAGUGGUGGAGAUCCAACAGUACCUGAGAUCAAGACGUCUCUCCACAGAUAAACUGUCUCCUGCUCAGUGGUCAGCUCUGGUCUUCAUCUUACUGUCAUCAGAAGAAAAUCUGGACGUGUUUGACCUGAAAGAAUACCGUGCUUCAGAGGAAGCUCUUCUGAGGCUGCUGCCAGUGGUCAAAGCCUCCAAAAAAGCUCUACUGAUUGGCUGUAACCUGUCAGAGAGAAGCUGUGAAGCUCUGUCCUCAGUUCUCAGCUCUGAGUCCUCUAGUCUGAGAGAGCUGGACCUGAGUAACAACAACCUGAAGGAUUCAGGAGGGAAGCUGCUGUCAGCUGGACUUCAGAGUCCACACUGUAAACUGGAGAAUCUCAGUCUGUCAGGCUGUCUGCUCUCAAAGGAAGGCUGUUCUUCUCUGGUCUCAGCUCUGACCUCCAACCCCUCCCAUCUGAGAGCACUGGACCUGAGAUACAAUCACCCAGGAGACUCAGGAGUGAAGCUGCUUUCGGAUGGACUUAAGGAUCCACUCUGGAGACUGGACACUCUCAGGGUGGAGCCUGCUGGAGUCAGAUGGUUGACACCAGGUCUGAGGAAGUAUUCCUGUGAACUCACACUCGACACAAACACAGCGAACAGAAAACUCAAACUGUCUGACAACAACAGGAAGGUGACAUUUGUGGAGGAGGAUCAGCCAUAUCCUGAUCAUCCAGAGAGGUUUGACUCCUGGUAUCCUCAGCUGCUGGGUAGAGAUGGUCUGACUGGUCGCUGUUACUGGGAGGUCGAGAGGAAACGAGGGGUUUCUAUAUCAGUGAGUUACAGAGGAAUCAGGAGGAGAGGAGGCAGUAACGAAUGUGUGUUUGGAUAUAAUGAUCAGUCCUGGAGUUUGAUCUGCUCUGAAGUUGGUUACUCUGUCAGGCACAGUAACAGAGAACCAUCCAUCUCCUCCUCCUCUGUCUCUGGUAGAGUAGCAGUGUAUGUGGACUGUCCUGCUGGCUCUCUGUCCUUCUACACAGUCUCCUCUGACUCACUGAUCCACCUCUACACCUUCAACACCACAUUCACUCAGCCUCUUUAUCCUGGGUUUGGGUUACUAUCAUAUGGUUCCUCAGUGUCUCUGUGUCCUGUGUAGGACGGAGAGUCUCCUCCUGUCAGAGAACCAGGCAGUUGAGUCUGAUCAGGAUUAUCAGCUGAUGUUAGUGAGGAGAAUGUGGGUAUCACCAAUGUUUUCAUGAAUGGAUUAGAUUCUGCUCCAAACAGCUAAAUGACAUGUAAUGCUGUUCAUCAUCAUCUCCAAAAACUGCAUUCAGCAAUUACCUUGCUGUUUAUUUGACAGCUUUAAUUCCUUUACACAUUCAGAUUAUUAAAACUAA